UAUUGUACCCCUUUAUUAUCCGUAAAUGUUAUUCUAUAGAAUUUGAUCAAUGGUAGUUCUUCUGAAUAGAGUAUGUAGUAAGCAAACAAAAACCAAGUCGGUGAAAAGAAUGAGUGUGCGGGGCGACCUUGGGUUGCCAUGCUGCGUUGCCAACGACAACAAAACUGCUGUUUGAGCACACUGAACACAGUAGGACAACGUAGACGCUAUAGAAGAGAGUAAGAGAGAAGAGUCGUACGGUGAGAGAAAAAAAGCUGUAAUUUACGUUAAAAAUGUCGCAGCUCGGGGUUUCAAGACCCGCGACGGGUUUUGGGAAGCUACCCGAGAUUCAGCACCCCUUAUCCAGAAUGUCAAACCCAGAGAAGUUGGACGUCCGAGGGUUUUCACGUGCCGGGGAUCGGCCUGCCUCACAGAUGAAUGGAAGGCCUUUAGCAGCAGAAAACAACUAUAUGUCUCCACGUAGACUUAAUACAAGCGCUGGACGCCAAUCCAAGAACCAGCUCCGUCAUUCCAUGCCCGAGCUGACGCAUGAGAGCAUCCCAGAAGGAAUUGAAAUUACCCAUGGCGAUCCCAGUAAAACGCGACUACCAGUCUUUGGCAGCCGUGCCGAGGUGGCAAGCAGGGCUGAGAUGGGCAGUCGGCUGGCUUCCAGGAUGUCUAGGCCAGGCACUCAGGCCAGGCUGGAAAUAGAUGAGCUCGAAAUGCUUCUGAGAGAGAAGUCAAAGGGUGGAUUUUAUGAACUGAGAAAGAGAUUCAAGGACAAUGAUCCAGAAGGCAAAGGCAAUGUGACAAGAGAGGCACUAGCUCGCAUUAUUGUCACCUUCCUGGGGCGUCCCCUCAGCAACACACAAUUCUCCAGACUCCUCGAGAGAUUUGCUUUGGCAGACAAAACUGUGGUGUCCUUUACAGAAUUCUUUGCCAUCUUCCGUGAUGCGGCUUCCUCAGAAUAUCCCCGCUGGAUGGAUCCAGUCCAUAGACAUCACCAGGAAAAAGUGACCAUGAAUGCAGCCCAGGUUCAUGCACAGUUGAAAGAGAAAGCAAAACAAAGAUUCCUGGAUAUGGCAGAUUUGAUUCCCCAGAGUAAUCCUGGGGGCACAGGAAGGCUUCUGAAGCCAGAGUUCAGAAAUGCUCUCAACAAGAUGAUGUUCUUCAUGGACGAUGACGAGUUUGAAAAACUUUGGGAAAGGUAUGACACAGAAGGAUAUGGUACUAUUGAUGGAAAAAAGCUGAUGAAGAAAUUGGGGAUCGAUUUAGCAAAUGGCACAGCUGGCAAGACAAGCCCACGAUUAAGCCCUAUUCCAGAAGGUGGCAGAAGAUCAGGCAUGGCUAGAUCACCAAGGAAGAAGGAGGCGGAUCGUCAGAGGUCCCUGGGAAUUGAAAACUGGUUGAAAAACAAAUUUAGAGAGGGAUGCCAGAACAUGAGAGUGGCUUUUGAAACAUAUGAUGAGAAAAACACAGGAAUGGUCAGUGCAGAAAACUUCCUGACAGUGCUGAAUGAGUUUGGUUUGAAGCUUGAGAAGCCUCACUUGGAGGAGUUUCUGGCCAGAGCUAACAUCGAGCUGCAGAGGCAAGGUGUAAAAUAUAGAGAAUUCCUUCACAGAUUCCAAGACCGCAGUGAGGCUGGCAUGCCACAUAAGAUACUUUCCAACCCAAAACACAGGUACAACAAAUCUCGUGCAGGAAGUGCAGGUGGCAAAUCAACAGUGAGUGCACUGGAGGCCCAAAUCAUGAACAUGUUCCAGACAGAUUUCCUGGCUCUUUUGGGGACAUUCCAUAAAAUUGACAGAAUGGGCACAGACCAAAUCUCACAGGAAGAGUUCAGAGCCGCCAUUGAGAGUCGCUUCAGCCUGAACAUGACAGAUUUGCAGUUCAAUAAUCUUAUAGAUAAAGUGCCUCUCUCUGAAGAUGGAUCUGUGAAAUAUGCUGAAUUUAUGUCACAGUUUGAUACAAGGGGUAAAGCUCCCAGCUUAUUUGAGAAAACUGCUGGAGAACCACAAAUGCCAAAACCCAAUACCAAGGUGGAUAGACUUGUGGUCCAGGAGCCCAUGGAUAUUGACUCAGAGGUAGAAUACAAGCACAGAACAAUACCACAGCUCCAGAAAAUGAUCAAAGAUCUGUUACAUAAUAGAUACGCUGAAGUGGAAAGUGCCUUCUAUGAACUGGACGAGUCCAACAAUCAGAGACUGUCCCAAGAGCUAUUCUAUCAGCUCAUGAAAAAAUUCAUAGAGCCAGAGAUCACAAGGGGAGAGAUCAGAGAGUUAUGGAAGACAUUCAUUCUCAACACACGUAAAACCCUGGAUUACCUGGAGUUUGUCCGCCAUUUUGGUUACAACGCUAAAGAUGCCUCCUUCCCCAAUGCCAAACUGUCUCCCCCCAAGAAGGGUGACUCUGAUUUCAUGAUGAGGUCACGGAAACUGAACUGUGCUGCUGAUAUGCUUCAAGAUAGCCUUCGUGCCAAGAUUGAUUACAUGUGGGAGGACUUGAGAAGAGAACUAGUGGAUAUGGAUCCUUAUGCUACCCAGUUUGUUACCAUUGACGAAUUCAGGGAAAUCCUGACCGAACUCUGUGUGCACCUUAGUGACUAUGAAUUGGAUAUGCUGUGCAAAAAGUUUGAGACCAAGAAAGAUGGAAGAAUCAACUAUGUAGAGUUCUUGAAGCCAUUUGCACUGAAAAAACAAGUAUGGCGCCACGGCAACAACAUGCUUUCCUUGCUCCAGCACCCUGCAGCAGAGCUUCCCAUUGCUGAUAUUGUAGAAAAUCCAGAGAAGGGACUCACAGGUCUCACAGCCAAACUCAGACAAAAGUUGUCUGGUGAUUGGAAAAAUCUGCGUCGUACCUUUAAGAAACUAGAUGUCAACAACGAGGGCUACCUAUCAGUUCCCGAGUUCCGAUCUGUCUUAAAGCUGGCCAAUGUGGUCUUAGAUGAGGAAGAGGUGUAUCAAGUGAUGCAGAAGUUUGAUGAGAACAUGAGUGGGAAGAUUCCAUAUAACAAAUUCCUCAGUGAGACAUUUAAGCAAUCUCCACAAAAGGCUGUCUAAAAUGUCCCAAUUAAUUGCCUUUUUUGUUAGCUUAGGUAUCUGUAAGCAUUGCCAUAAAGGAAAGAUUUGGUUCUGGCAUUUUUGUCCAAGUUAUGGAUUAAUAUUUUUUACUAUGAUAUAUCAAAUAAAACCACAAAGCAUAUAGAAGUGAAGAGGGUAAAGAGAAGUGGCACUUGUAAAAGUUGGACAUAAAAAAAUGGUUUUUCAGAUAAGUUCAUUUUACUGCCAGUGGUAAUAAUUGGCCCUGACUGUAUUUUUUCAUAAUAUGACCAGGUUUUUUCACACAAACUGGCCUCAGAUUUUACUUUUUGUGGAUUGAAAAGAAUACUAAUGGAAGAAUACUAAUGGUUACCUUCAGUGAGGUGUGUUUAUGUAAACUUUUAAAUAAUUAAUGUCUUCUAUUUUAUACAUGGAAAAAAUGAUUGCAAUUAAAAAAUUUUAAGACAAUUUAAUAGUCGGUGAUCAACAAAUUAUCUUAAUGAAUAUUGUUAUAUUGACAAUAAUUUCAAAGUUGAUUUCUAAUUAAGCAUAAUGAAAGCACAAUGAUUUUCAAAUAAUUGAAUGCAGCAUAAUAUUACUUUUGAUAAAACUUAUUUAUUUUAUUUUCAAAUGGAUAAAGAUAUUUUCUCAUGUAGUUUACAUUGUAAAUAAGGGAUAAAUCGUUAUUUGUAACAUAAAACAUGAUGGUUAUGUUGUGUUUGUCAAAGGGUAAAACUGGCAUUUUCCUUUUAAAGCUGAAGUUUAGUUUUCCACCCCUACAACAAUUUGCUCAAAAGAGUUAAAGUAACAGUAUUGUAUGUUGAUACUCCCACAGUACUAGUAGGUACAUGUAUACCUCUGAACUUGGCUUAUUUCUGUUGUUAAGUACUGGUGAUUUUUUGUAUUUGUUUAAAUAUGGACCACAAUUUGUAAUAAAAUCUAAAAUCGAAA